ACGAAAAGCUAAACGUUGUUGUAUUCACAGUAACCGUGGUAUUGACAACAAUUCCAUUAUUGUGAGUUUGAAUACACAGUGCCAUAACUUGUCUCAGACAAGAAAACAUACAAAGGGAAAAGUAAUAUCAAUAAGACAAACGCCAUGGGACAACUUCCGCGGCUUUUGUCUGCGGGUGUCAUCGGUGCCGCUGUUACAUUUUUAUUACUACUCAUACCAGUUUCUGCCAAUACUUGCAUGAUUGGAUGUCAUGGAUUACGAGCUGGCAAAGGACAUGUCGAGGGUACUGUUUAUUCGUAUGCAUUUGAAGGAACAUCUACAACAGCUGUGAGCGAAGCACAAGGUGCAUCAACUGUUCAGCUCAGUGCGACUGUUGAACUCUCGGUUAAACCGGAUUGCAUUCGUCAAGUGAAAUUGAAAAAUCUUCUUGUCAAUGGAAGUCCCGCAAGUCAGAAGGAUGUGGAGCAACAUGCUCUUCAAUUCAAUUACCACGAGGGACAUAUCGAUACAAGUGUAUGCUCUGAGCCCCAAGACUCUCAAGUAUCUCUCAACAUCAAGAGAGCUAUCGUAUCGCUCUUCCAGACUUCAGUCAUGCAAGACAGCGGAGUUACAAUGCACCGAGAGACCGAUGUAUUUGGCAAUUGCGAGACUAGUUUUGAAUUUCGUAAGGAAGGUGAAAAGCUCACUGUACGUAAAAGAAAAAAUUUGUCGAGCUGCUCCCACCGCGAGCAUCUCCGCCACGGACUCUUUUACUCCACACAUGAUCAUUCAUCUGACAUCCAAACAUCACCAGUUCUCGAUUCACAACAGGAGAUUGAACAGAUUUAUGAUAAGGGCGUCCUCAACAGCGUGAAAUCAACAGAGACUUAUGUCUACAAACCCUUCACUAAUGGCGAUGCAGGAGCAAAAACUAUUAUCGAAUCGAAAUUGAGUCUGAAAUCGACUUCCGCUGAUGGCCAAUCGACAGCACCAGUGUCAGUACCAAAGUCCCUGGUAUUUGAAGCACCUCAUCCUGUGGUCGAGUCGUCGCCAGAUGCUAUCCUAAAAUCAUUGAAAUCCCUGAAGGAGUCAUCAAAACCCGAGGAAAUAAAGAGCGGAGCUGCUGAAAAAUUCGGUGAUCUCAUCAAAGUCCUGCGUAAAAGCAACAAAAAUGAUAUUCUCGCUGUUUACCAGAGGGUGAAAGCGGGAGGAAGUGGAUUUGAUAAAAAUUAUGAUAGAAAAAUUUUAUUGGAUGCUCUUUAUAGGACUGGCACUGGAGAAGCUGCUGAAGUAGCUGUUGAGCUUAUCAAGAAGAGAGAACUCAGUAAUGAACAGAAAUUGGGCUAUUUAGCGAGUCUCUCGCUGGUUGAUCAUGUCAAUUUACCAGCAGUGACAGCUGUUGUCUCAUUACUAGAUGACAAGGACAUGCCACGUAUUGGUUAUCUCGGUAUCGGUAAUGUAAUCGGUAAAUAUUGCCGGGAUCACGAGUGUGAGAAUGUUCCUGAGGUGAAAGCAGCGCUUGAAAAAAUAUCAUCUAAAAUUCACAAUGGCAAGCCAGAGAAUCGUAAAAGUGAGAAUGAAAUAAUCGCGGCAUUCAAGGCACUGGGGAAUGCUAAAUACCUGGAUGACCAGACUAUUGAUAAAAUGGUAAAAAUAGUUAAAGAUAAGGGGAUUCCCAAUCGAGUACGAGUCGCAGCUAUUGAAGCUCUACCUGCUAAAUGCACCAUGAAGUGGAAGACUCCUCUGCUUGAUGUAUUUGGAGAUCGUGAGGAGGACAGUGAAAUUCGAUUGAAAAUCUACUUGAGUCUUGUCGCUUGUCCCUGUGCACCUGUUGCCAAUGCCAUCAAGGAUGUCCUUGAUAAGGAGACUGUCAAUCAGGUUGGAUCAUUCAUCACAACUCAUUUGAAAAAUUUAAGAGCAAGCACCGAUCCAAGCAAAGCUAAUGCCAAAAAAUAUUUCGAAGAAAUCAGACCACGCAAGAAGUUCCCUAUUGAUUUCCGCAAAUUCUCAUUCAACAAUGAGUUAUCUUACAAGAUUGAUAAAUUGGGAGUUGGAUCGACACUCGAGCAAAAUGUUAUUUACAGCCAAAAGAGUUGGAUACCACGUUCCACGAGUCUGAAUCUCACGAGUGAAAUUUUUGGACGUUCAUUCAAUUUCCUGGAGAUUGACACGCGCGUGGAGAAUUUGGACAGAUUGAUUGAGCAUUAUUUUGGGCCAAAGGGUGUUAUCAAACGUUCGGACAUCAAUGAUUUAAUAAAUGAUGGGAAAACUACAUUCUCAGAUGUGUACGGUCGCGUUAAAGAACGCCUAGAUAAACUGGGACGUGGACGUCGUGCUGCAUUAAAUUACGGCGACAUCGAGAAAUUCACAAAAAAUAUUGAAUCAAAUGACGACAACGAGCUGGAUGACAACCUGGACAUCGACAUAUCAAUAAAAAUGUUCGGUUUAGAGCUGGCAUUCCUCGAUCUCAGAGACACGAACAUUGAAAACGAAAAAUCAACGUCAACAGUCGAUAAAAUAUUCAGGAACAUCAACGAGGCAUUGAAUCACGCCAAAAAUUUCGACUACAGCGUAUCGAAGCACUUGAACUUCAUGGACAUUGAUCUCAUCUAUCCAACAGGUCUAGGAUUUCCAUUGUCCGUUGGAAUUGAAGGGAAUAGUGUAACCAAUAUAAAAAGCAAUGGUAAAAUCGAUGUGCAGUCAAUAAUGAAAGACCCAAAGAAUGCUGUCAUCAAGAUUGGAUUGGAACCUAGUGCCAGUAUUACGAUAGCUGCCAGUCUCACGAUUGACACAUUUGGCAUUGAAAAUGGAUUGAAAGUCAUUGGUGAGAUCCACACAUCGACAGGCAGCGAUCUGUCACUGAAAAUGCUGGAUGGCAAUGGAUUUGAUGUCAGCUUUGGAGUACCCAAGAGAAAGCAAGAAAUCAUAAGUGUAUCCAGUCAAGUAAUCCUAAUCGAUAAAAAUGGAUUGAAAACACCGGUAAAGUUCUCCAAAGGCAAAGAACACUCUGACUGCUUCGAUCAAUUUUCAACAAUCCUCGGUUUAACAAUAUGUGGACACUUUGCUUAUCCUUAUGAAUCCAUCGGAUCCAUUGAGAAACGACCUUUCUUCCCGGUAAGUGGACCGGCUAAAUUUGCAUUGAGUGUGGAAAAUAAUGAUGCCACUUCUUAUCGCAUUCGAGCAUUCUACGACAAAUCAAAGGACAACUACCGAUCAGUAGAAGUUCUUUUUGAAACGCCAAACAGUCGGAACAACAGAAAAGUUUUGCUACGCGUUGAGGGAUCUAAUGAACCAUCCAAGAAAUACGUUAGGGCUAUUUUUGAUUCGCCAUUCAAACAUGCUGAUGGUAAAUUAGCUCUGGAAAAUAGUGACAAGGCGAAGACACUGACGCUAACACUCAAGCAUGAUAAUGAUGAUUAUUAUGGAUCAGUUGGGAUUGUUGCUAAUGGAAAUAAGUACAAACCGAUUUUGGAGUAUAAAGUACCGGAUCAUAUCGAGAAGUUGGCGGGGGGAAAGGGUGGAGCAGUGGCGGCUUAUAAACUUGAUGGUGAUAUCACGGUUAAUGAAGACAGUCAAGGGAAGAAAUACGUCUUUGAAGAUGUCACUUUGUUUGCACAUGAUAAAAAAUUGGCUAGUCUGGAUGGAUCGGUGCUGACAGGACCACGUGCUCUCGUCGUGGAUGCGAAGAUGUCCCAUAAAGAGGAGAAUGUUCACCUGAAAUUCGAUGGAAGAAUUAACGAUCUUGGAUUUGAUGUCAAUAUGGCUCUCGUACCAUCGAAAAAUCCUCACGUCGGAUUCCAACUGGUCUGGCACUAUCAGGUGAAGAAUGAAGAGAUGGAUCACAGUUUUGUAUUCACUUAUGGCCGUGAUCUGCAGUCUAAGAUAAAUCGUGUCAGUUUGAUUGAACAUCGGUCGUUCAAGAAAAAUGAUCGGCAGGAUCCUCAAUCGUUUUCACCACUCGCUCGAUUGAAAUGCAAAUCAGAAAUUACAUGGCCAGCUGAAAAUUUCAAUGUCAAACUCGAGACUGAUCUCUCGCCUCAAAAUUUCGAGACCGAGAUGGAUUUCCAGUAUGGAAAAUUCAAACUAGGGACUGACAUCGAAAUUAAAAUUGAUGAAGCCUCUCCCAGUAAUUGGGAAAUUGAACUUAGCGCGUAUCUUAUUGAGAGUAAAUUGGCAUUGAGUGCUAAGCAUCAGAAACUUUCGGAUAAUAAGAGAAAAUUCGAGGGCAAAUUGGAAAUACCUGGGGGUAAAUACGAGGCGGAUGUAUCGACUCUCUAUCAAGUUGAGGGGCACAAUGCUAAUAUCGGACUCGAGAGUGAAUUCAAAUUCAAUGGUAAAAAGAUGGAAGUGAAUUACGGCUUCGAGAUGAAUCCACAGAAACUCAAUAGCCAUGCACUCGUCAGUUUCGAUAACGCAAAAUAUUUGGAUUUCCUCCUGAAAGGAACACGAGGCGCAAGUCCACACGGUGAAUUCAAUCUCCUCGUGAAGAAGAUAAUAAUAAUCGCGGGUCAAUUCACGUAUCAAAACGGCAAAGGUACGAGUACUCUGAACAUCGAGCUACCAAGAUUCGAGAGGAAAAUAAAAAGUACUGGAUCAUUAACGAUCACUGGAACACGUCACAUCGCCAAUAUCGAAGUUCUUCUGGAUGCUGAAAAGGAUCCCAACAAACGCAUCAAAAUCUCAACAGAUUCGGACUUGUCUAAGACUAAAAUCGAUACCAAGAACGUUAUCGAAAUUUUAUCCUACAAACUGGAGAUCAACGGAGUAGGGAAGCUGACGGAGAAACAGGAAAAUUCUCGUGAUUUCGAAGGAAAAGUUGAUCUUCUUCUGCCAAACGGCCGAUACUUCAUCGCAACAGGUAAAGGAUCAGCGAAUCGUGCAGCCGAUAAAUCCGAAAUAAGCGCCAAAUACGAACUGCUAGAUCAUGAGAACAAAGGCGGACCAUCACGAAAAAUAAGUUAUGAAUACGAUUUGGUGAUGAGUCAGCCCGAGCAUGAUGAUGUUGAUUCAAAGCAGAAGAUCUCACUUGUUAAUUACGACAACAAGAAUUUAAUCUUGGCUUUCGGUACUAAAUACGCUGGACUUUCUCAUUCAACUGGAGCAAAGAGAGUUGAUGUCUUUGGUACUGCAUCGGGAAGUUAUUUGCCACGAGAAUUUAAACUCAGUUUCACCAGUGAUAAUGAGGCUAAACAAAAGGGAUCAUGGAAAUUGGAUUCGUCUCUCGGUGAUGAUUUGUCUGUGAAAGCUGGAGGUAAUUAUUUCCAUGGUUGUGAUGAGGGUAAACCGAGCAACGGCGACGUAAGUCUGGCAUUGGUAUUGCCAAAUGAAAAACUUCGGAAUCUGAAAUACGAAGGUAAAAGCAGUUUGUUAUUGCCCCAUGAUGGCAGCGAUGAAUUUUCGUACUCAACUGUUCAGAGUGUUACUUACAAUGAUGAUAAGACAGUCAGUGGAAAAUUGAACCUUCAGUCCAGUGGAUUCCAAUCUGGACCGAUCAGGCAGGGCAAAGGUGGACUGGAACUUGUUGUCCUUCAAAAUCCAGCGCUCAUCAUCAGUGCAGACAUCAAACACGACUCCACUGGAGAACUGAAAAAAGCAGAUGGAUCCCUGAAUGUUGAUUAUGGUAAUAAAAAAAUUGCUCUAAAUCUCGAUGCUACGUAUAAAUUAGAUCUGAGUCAUCUGGGAAUGAAUGUCAAAGCUAAGACCCCAACGGAAAAAUUGCGCGACGUUGAAAUCGGUUUUGAGCGAAAUGUUGAUAAAAAUAAUCAUGGAGCAGCGAAAUACAAUGUACACAUGAUUACAGACGGAAAGAAAUACGACGUGACCAGUGAAUUUGCUAUUAGUAAAAAUGGUAAUAAUUUCAAUUUGAUAUUGACAUGCCCCGAUGGCAAGACUGAAAUUUCCUCGAUCGUGAAUAUUCUUGGUGAUAAUGAAUACAAAGGGGAAUGGAAAAUAAAAUCGCCAAAAGGUUUUGUCGUUGCUGAUGGCCAUCUGAAGCUGGAAAAUAUCGACGAUUUCACUCUCAAAUUGAAUUUCGACAGUGACAAAAUUAAAGAGCGAAAAAUCCACGCGGAAAUAACAUCGAAUCCAGCAGUGAAGACCGGUAAGAAAAUCGUUAUCACAGUGACGAGUGAUGGGAAGAAUAUCAUAACAGGAAGUACGAAUUACAACAAACGGGAUGAAGGGGGUAAUGUCAUUGUUGAAGGUAGUGGAAAUCUGAAGAUCGGUGAUAACACUAAAAGCUCGAGAUUUAUAUAUUCACGUAAACAAUUGACACGUGAUAAUGAUGGGGAAAUCGGUGUUUUUAUAACACUCAACGCUAAUUUUGGACCUUCAGCUGUUAUCGGUGAAUUCAAACUAUCCGAUAAAGAGGUUUAUGUAUUCGAUAGUUUUUGCGAACAGGGCAAGGACUGCGCACACUUCAAAGUUCAAUCGGUCCUGAAUGCCGAUCGUGAGUCACGUAUGAAUCAUCAGAUAACUGUUGAGGUUGAUUUGAAGAAAUUCUAUGUACCUGUUGAAUUUGGAUUGAAGACAACAACGAAAUAUCAUCCGAAAGAACUAACACUCGAUCACACUGCCAAUUUAUAUCUGCACACAUCGAAAGAUAAAACUCAGUACUCGUCGCACAUUUAUGUUACAUCCGAUGAAUCUGGUGUUGUUUUAACAGUCCCAAAUCGUGAGUUUGCACUCAUCACUUCAGUUAAUGUGCCGAAAGGGAAGACCCCAGUGGGGCCUUAUAAAAUCGAUGUAUCGGCUUACCUGGACAGGAAGAAUCAUCCAAACGAUAAAACGAGCUUCAUCGCCAGUGGAGACAUAAGUGCUGAUAAAAAUUCCGCUGGAAUAUCUGGUGAGGCCCGUUUUAUUUAUCCAGCGCAAACGAAGGAUAUGAUUAUAAAGGGAAAAAUUUAUAGCAGCAAGGAGAACUAUCUCGAUGCCAAUGUUGAUUUCGAUGUAUUCGCGAAAAAAACACAAAAAAUAAAUGUUGUUGCUCGUUUAGUGAAAAAUCCAAUGGAGAAGGGAUACAGUUUAACUGGUUUGCUUGAUGUUAAUAGUCGUGGUCAGCAAUUGAAAGUGGAAUUGAAAAAUAAUUUAGUGCUGUCGUCAAAUGAAAUUGAUGUUGAGUCGUCGCUGUCGUACAAUGAUAAAAAUCAAAAGCCGAAGACAAUCGGAGUAUUUUUGACUGGCAAUGGGAAGAAGAUAAAUUUCAAAGUACAAGGACCGAAUAAUUACCUGAUUCGAUCGGAUUCGACUAUCGAAUUGGCGAAGAACGUUCAGAAAAUUGAAUCGAAACACCAGAUACUCGAUAAUCCUGUGGUUGUCGUCAGCAUUGAGGCACGUGAUUUCAACAGUGUGAAGUAUCAAAGUUAUCAACAGGACAAGCCGGAUACGAAAUUAAUUGUGAAUGGAAGAGUUGUCAGUGGACAAGUUGCUGAGAUUAUCGCUGAUUCAUUAAUUAAUGGAGAGAAGAAAAAUCUUCUCAGUAUUGGUGUUUAUCUGGAUGAAAAUCGCUUCCUCAAGCCCAAUUUCGUGUACAAUAAAGAUAAUGUCGCGUACAUGGUUGACUUGUACAGAGAGAAAUUAAUAAAAUACGCGGGAAUGUUGAAAGAUGCCGCUAAAGAGAUCAAUGACGAAGCUAUUACCGAAUUCACGGAUUUGUUCGAACACUUGAAGAAAUCACAGCCGAAUUGGAAGCCAGUGAUUGAUUAUUAUCAACGAGAAUUAACGAAAUUGAAGGAAGAAAUAAGCAAUGAUAAGACUCUUCAUGAAAUUCUUGAUGCUUACACGAAGAUCUUUGGAGGUGUUACAACAGCUGUUGUACAGACAAUUAAGGAGUUAAUGCAGCAUCUUGAAGUAUUGCAUAAACAGCUGCAUGAAAUAAUGGAUAAGAUGAUUGAGCUCAUUAAAUCAACAACACCGAGAAUUAAAGAGUCACUCGACAAGAUUUGUAAAGCACUCCUGGAAAUAACUGAUUCAGCAACGAAAUUGGGGGCUACAUACAUCAAAGCUGUUCUCACAAUCAUCAACGAGCAUCAGAAAGAAUUGAAAGAACUGUUAACACUGAUCAGCGAAUUACUCCAUGAUGUAGCUAAAAUUCUUUCGAAGGGUAUCAAUCAAAUAGAGAGUGAGAUAAAGAAUUUCCUGGCGACGGUAUCACAGCAGAUCAAAUCACUUCCGAUUAAAGAGCUCCUCCCAUUGAAGAACAUCAAAUGGGCAGAUAUCGCGAAUUAUCAAAUCCCGGAGAGUGUUUUAAUGCCGAUUGAAGAGGCAUUUGUCCAGCUGACAAAACUUCUCCCAACAGAAGAGCUCCGUCAAUUUGCAACUGUAACAUAUAAUUAUCUGUUAAAACUCGUGAAACAUCAAGCGGUAGAUGAACACGCCGAGCUGAAAAAUAUUUACACUCACGGAAUAGAUGCUCUGCGCUCGAUAAUUGGUCUCCUGCAGCAGCAGGACAUUAGCCAGAAUCUUUAUGAAUUGUUCGGUGGAAACUUGUUAAAUCAGUUCCAUUACCUCAAGAAACUCCCAGGUAUACCGACCCUCAAGCUGUCCAUUGUGAAUCUCAUUAAAAAUGGUGAACUUCCAAACAUCAAGGAUAUUUACUACACCUAUCGUCCAACAGCAUACGUCAGUGACAUCAUGCCACCAUUCAGUAAAAUGGGAAUAGUCGUCGACGGUGGACACUUCUUCACAUUCGAUGGACGGCAUUUAACGAUGGCUGGGGCAUGUGAUUACGUACUAGCACAUGACACACGUGAUGGCAAUUUCACGAUAAUUGGUAGCUUCAACAGCGGAAGAUUGAUCAGUCUGACCAUCGUGGCACCUAGCGAGAGUAUAACACUCAAAUCCAAUGGAAAUAUCCUAGUGGACGAUAAACCAGCGGAAUAUCCAGCAAGUACCAAGAAUCUUCACGCGUUCCUGACACCUCCGAUAGUCAAUGUGAAAUCAGAUUACGGUGUGCACGUGGCGUGCAGUCAGAAAGCUCCAAUGAUCUGCAGUAUUUAUGUAUCUGGAUUCUAUCAUGGCAGAUUGCGUGGUAUCCUGGGUGAUGCUGAUAACGAACCCUAUGAUGACUUUACACUACCAACUGGUAGCAUCACCGAGAAAGAAAGUGCGUUUGGCAAUGCUUACCGAGUUAAUCCAUCCUGUCCAUCAGCUCCAGCUGUCGAAUCACCACCCAAGCGCAAUCCAACAUGUACGUCUUACUUCACUGGAAGUGGAUCUUCAAUGAGCUCAUGCUUCAAUUACGUCAGUCCUGUGGCAUUCCGUCAAGCCUGUGACAACGCUAUGGUCUCGGGAUCUCCUCAAGACGCUUGUCUCAUUUCAGCUGCUUACUACGCUGCUUGCCGCAAAGAACGUGUUGAUAUUUCAAUUCCAUCUGCGUGUGGAGCAUGCAAGGUGAAUCAAGACAGUAUUGCUGUUGGUGAUGGAUUCAGUGUUAAAAUACCGAGCAAGGAGGCUGAUAUUGUAUUCGUUAUUGAGCAGAGUUCCAAGAAUGAGAAGAUUUAUCAUGAUUUGAUUGUACCACUGAUGGCUGAGGUGAAGAGUGAAUUCAAACAUCAUGGUAUUGGUGAUGUUCAUAUUGGAUUGAUUGGUUUUGGUGAUCACAUGAAGUGGCCGCAGCAUUAUACCACUGGGGGGAGUACCAAUGUCAAUGGAGAAGUUAAGAAUAUGAAAUUCGCAGAGGCUACACCGAAGAUUAGCUACUCUGAAGCUAGAGAGGGUAAUGUUAGCACUCGUCUGCAGUAUCUCAAGCAGAGAGUCGAUGUUGAGUUGGGAACUUUCAAACUCACUGAUGCCUAUGAAGAAGCUAUACGUUAUCCAUUCAGGACUGGAUCGGCUAAGGUUGUUGUUGGAAUUCUAGCAUCAUCCUGUGAGAAGAGUCCUCUUCCACUCUCUCUGCAACAAGCUAGAUUGUUCAUGGGACAGAAAGUAUACCGUGAGCUCGGAUUGACGUAUCAUCAUAUUGGAUUUUUGAAUGAUAUACUGGUGUCUGGUAAAAUGCAGAAGAAUGUUGUCGGAUAUGAUUCUGUUGCUGGCUACACAUUUGCUGAUAGUAAGAACAAACCCCUCGAGGGCAGUAUAGAUAAAAAUAAUUUGGUUCUGACGAGCAAUGAUGUCUGCGCUGGAUUCGCUGUUUCUUCUGGCGGCGCAGCUUUUAGCUCGAACCACUUCCUCGAGGCCAAGCAGAAUCAGAGGAAAUUAUAUUUGCAAGUGGCAGCUAGAAGGAUUGUCGAUGGCGCUGCGAAUAUUGAGUUGAAGGAAGAUUGUGUUUGCAAACAACAAUCGGGACUUAAUGGAUAUGCGAGCUGUAAGAUCGUUGGGCGUAAGGAGAAAAAAUCUCUUGGUAAACAAGCUAAGGGUUGAACAUUCCGAGGUGCAUAACACUGGAUUUCUCAUUUUUGUGAGGGAGAUGAUUUAAAAAAUCAACAAUAUAUAUUAUUAAUUUUAUCCUUUUUUAUUUUUAUUUAGUAUUACGAUACAAAUUGUAUAUUAAAAAGCAGAUACCAUGUCCUGA